AUGUUGCCGUUCAAGGGCAAGCAAGUCUUGAUCAAGCUGAUAUGCGGCGGCGCUUUGCCGAAGGAAUUGUCCGAGAACGAGUUCGCCAAGAUGCUGGUGAGAACAGCGCGUUUCCUGCGUUGGCUAGCCGUGGGGCUGUGCCCGGAGCAGUUCAAGCUCCUAGAGUCCGCGCAGCACAAGUGGUUAGAGGCAUCGCUGGCCAGCUACAUGUGGCAAGGCGUUGAGGAUCAUUGUUUGGAGCAGUGGGUCGACUUUGUCAUGGAAGAGAAAGUCAGUCACGUAUCUUUGCAUUUCGACGGCCUGCGCGUCGACAAGGGGCGCGCCCUUUUGAGCCAGGCGGGCGGCGAUGCGCAGGCCACGGCAGUUUCGGACGCAGAGAAGGUCAAAUCCUUUUGCAAGAAAUCUGAGGAACGGAUUCUUGUUUCUCUGCCUGCAAUGGGCAUCUUUGCGCAAAUGGCUGCGCUCGCGGGCAACUGGUCGGAUAUGUCGACGAAGGCCGCUGCCGCCGCAACGCCUCCCAGCGCAGCGGCGGCCUCGGCGGCCUCGUCGCCGCUGUUCUGGGCGCCGCCUCGGCGCUCGUAUCGGACAUGUGCGAGAGCGGCCAAUGUGAAGCUGUUGCCCGUGGAAGUGCCACAGGAAAGUUGUCCUGGGCUAUUCUUAGUGCACUGCGAGCCAGACGUUGCGCCGCUUUGCGUCGGCAUCGACGUGAAACAGCGUGGGCCGCGCAAGUGCUACGUCGGCAGGGAGCGCUGGAGUCUGCCGGCCGGGGCGCUGGACGAGGCGGUGUUGGCGGCUCUCGAUCGGUGUAUGGUAGUGGCAUUUCAGAUGAAGCCCGCCGAUCGAGAUGACGAAGAUCAUCGAGAUAGUUCGUUGGAUGGCGCAUUGGAUUUAUUUUCGGGCGCCGGCAUAGAGGACAACGUCGCCGCCCGGGGGGCGGCAGCUCUUCGCGAGCUCGGUUGUUCAAUUCGCGGCAUCGUGCCUUUUGACCGGCGACGUCUGACGUGGCACGGCAACUGCAUCCCGUUCGGCAUUGCGGCGCUCGCUGGCGAUUGGGAUGGCGUCAUCGCAGCUGCGACUGUGGAUUCGGGCGAGAACGCAGCAGCUAUGGCGAGCGGCCUUCGUCGAUAUAGUGACUGCGCCAAUCCUCCUUUGGCGUGGCAUUCGGCCAGUGCCGACGACUGCGGUGGAGGACACUUGGCCGAUUUCUUGUUCACGGAAAAGUUGCAGGCAGAGAACAUUGCGCAGCUGUCGAAGUAUUCGAGCACGGCGGCAGCAUCUUACACUCAGAAGGGUUAUCUUGGGACGUACCUCGAGGCGGCGUUCGCUCUCGGCGGCGGGCAUUCGUCGACCCUUGGCGAUGACGUCGCUGCACGCGACGCCAUGGGCAUGGUGGCCGGAGCCGGCGUCGAGGAGGAGGGGGCCGUUGACGUCGCGAACGCCGGCGACGAGCACGCCGAGGAAUUGGAUGACGAUUCAUGCGCGCGCGUGCAUGCGAAUCUCUUGCAGCUUCUACGCGACGAGGUUACUGACUUCGAGAUGAUCGUGAAGUCGCUCUCUCGCACAGGCGCCACGAAGGACGGGAAUGGGAGCGUUGCAAGGUGCUUGCUUUGCCCAUUCAAAGAGUAUUCUACUUCGUCUGUAAACGUUAAGAGGGAUCUCCUUGCGCAUAUCGCGAAUCACCACGGCUUGCACAGAAAAUGCGAGAAUGGUAGAGAUCGUAAGAUGGGAUCAGGUCGGUACGUUGCUUCAGACACUAAGCAGUGGAAAGUCAUCCAGGCGUUGUUUGACGACAACAUGUUAUCAAAGCAUCAACCGAAGAACUUGCUGCAGCGCAGUGCCGAUCUCAUGCGGCGGUCGGUGAGCCCGCCGUUGCGGUGUCUUGGUGUUGACAAGCAGAUUCGGCUGCUCCUUGACCACGACGGGCCCCGGUUUGUCAACUUCGAGGUUCUCGCGAGAGAUGGCGCGCUCCAAGCCAGGCGCGUGGGAAACACGUACUACACGAAGGAGUUCGCCGAGCUCGUCUUCCGCGAAUCCAUCCUGCACGAAGAUCCUGUUCAUCUCGCAAUUGUGUAUAAUCAGGCGCACUGGCGGAAACAUUCUCCGGGCCAGGCAGUUUUGCGAAUCAUUUUGAAUAAAUUCACUAAAGUGAGCUCAGAUUUAAAUGGCGCCGCGUGGGGCGCCCCUUACACGGGCCACCAGGCUAGCUCGCUGUCUGCCGCCGAGGGCCGCGCGCAGUCGUUGAUAGCCGGCGGCGGCAUGCAGAAGCGCCGAGCGCACAAGAUCAUUGCAGAUCUCGACGCCAAUGAGCCAUUCGUGAGAAAACUUGAGUUCAUCGAGGCAUUGGCGGCAUUGACGUCCGUCUACUGGGAAGAAGUGGACAGGCGCACCCCCGCCGCGCCAAGCAAGAAGCUGGCUGAUGUAAUAGCGAAUGCCGCGCAGCACAGUCGAUGCGAGUAUCUUUUUAAUAAUUUGCGCAUGCGGCACUCGCUGCCGGCUCGCGCGCCGCCAUUGCUCGGUUCGGGCACGAGCCCAAACGAAGCGCUGCAUAGCGAGAUCAACAAGUGGUUUAAGAACCAGCUGGAGUUGCACGCGCAGACUUUAGAGCUCCAGCUCGGCGUCAACGUAAUCGGCAAGCAAAUGAUGCAUAAUUCAGCUAUGUACGCCCCCACUCUGCGCCAGCUGUCUUCGCAAACUGUCGCAGCUAGCGUGGUCUGCUCGUUUGCGAUAUCCGCCGCCGAGUGGGCAAAUCAUUGCGCUUCUCAGGCGCAGGAGCAGAGGGCGCCGCGGCAAGCGCAGCUUCCGCUGGCGCUGCAGCGCAAAGCCGCUGAGCCCCUGGCGAACAAGUGGAAGGUGGAUCACAAGCGCAUGGUUGGUGCGCGCAAGCCAGCAGGGCAACAACAAUUCAUUCGCACCCUGAAGCGGCCGGGCGCAGCCAAGCAGCGCAAGCGCACGCCCUUCUCUCUUGUUCGGAAGCGCAGCUAA